GGGUUCUGAACGUUUCUACUUUUAUUCCGGCCGCCGCCGCCGCCGGCUCUGAGGGCCGCCGAUCCGCUGCUCCGUAUCCCCACCACUGAGAGAAUCAUCAUGAUGCAAGCAGACGACAUCACAUAUGGGGAAGGGAUUGACCUGGAAUCCCAGCCACUGAUUGACGCAAACGUUCCUACUACGUGUAUGCUCACCCUGCGGGUCAAAACGCUGAGCGAGAAGCCGUUGAACAUCGAUAUCAAUGCCACGGCCACCGUGGGCGACCUGAAAGACAUGAUCAAGACAAAAGGACAUGCGGAAGGCAAAUUCCUGAGGUUAAUCCAUCAGGUUGAGGUUACAUGUCGUUGAUAAAGGCAUCAUGAUUGUGUGGGUGCAGGGGAAAUUGCUCAACGACGACAAAGCCGUGCUGUUGUCUUCUAACGUGAAGAAUAACGACUUUAUACACUGCGCCAUGAGCAGCGUCCCGCCCAAGUCCCUUGUUCAACAGAUGACACAUCAACAAGAUGAUGUUGCGUCCGACGAGCCAAACCAUCGCCGCGGAUUUGAUUGUCUACGCGAUACUCUGACCCGCGAAGAGGUGCAAGCAUUACGCCUGCAUUUCUAUCCACAGGUGUCAGCCAUGAUUAGUCAGUCCGUUGCGCGGGAAGGCGAGUCUGUUGAAGAUCGUAUUUAUCGAGUAGAAGAAGAGUGGAUGGCAGCGCAAGGGCCGCAAUCCGAAUUCGCAUUGAAUGUUCGUCCUCGUGGGGGCCACAUUACGAUGGAGUCUUUCCACGACUCAAUCCAUCGCAUCGAUAUGCCUGACAUGCCGCUGAUCGACAACGAAGGCACGACGGUCGACAUGAUCUGGGGCGUGGCCAUGGGCCUUAUCCUCGGGUUCUUUAUGCUCUUCUUGCUGUGGGAGCGGUCAAUUCCGCGUCGACAAAAGCUAGGCAUUGUCGUCGGUGUCGCCAUCAACCUCCUGCUCAACUUCAUGCAACGCCUGACCCCUGAAGGAAGUUAGUCUGCCGGUAAUAGGACAUAGUUAUAUAUAACUGCGCCAGCACUCAUGCAGCGAACAGGCUCUCAUGACCGUGGCCAUCGUGGAAACUCAAUGGCACCUCUGCAAGUCGGACACUGCUAUCAUUCCAUCAACCACACAUGCCACCGAUAAAAACAUCGAUGCAGACUCCCGUAGUUGUCGGACAUCAGUCCGUCGCCUUUGGGUAGACUGCACGUCCCGUGUGGCACGAGCAUCUCUGGACCACAGCGUAGUAGGUGAUACUCUCAACGGUGCUCUCCUUAAGGAUGCAUUCGAUGCACAUUACCAGCCUCUUCACCUACGUCCUUCUGCG